GUCUCCCCUCCUGGCGGCACGAUGGCAGCGCAUCCUCGGCUUGGUUUUGUGUGCGACCGACGAGAGGCACCGGAGACCUCUGGGAAAGCGCGGGGUCUGAGAUGGAUUUGGUUUCGUCACUGUUUUUUUUUUUUUCCUCCUUUUUUUUUUUCUUCCUUUCUUUUUUUCCUCUCUUUUUUUUUUUCCCUGUCCGGCAGGAAAAAGCUGCAGCGUCCUUCGCUUCCUUCCUUGGUGGCCUUUUUUUUCUUUUUCCCCUUUGCUGAAGGUUCAGAAGUGCCUGGGAAUCUUUUUUUUUGGGGGGGGGGGACGCAGAGCCAGCGGGCGACCCCAACAGCCGCCUCUGCCCCCCCGCCCCCCUGGGCGGAGCUGCGGCCCCGUGUCCCACUGAGCCCCGCUCGCUUUGGCCCCGUUCCUCCUCCCGCCUUUGCUCGGCACUCGACGUGGGGAAGCGCCCGGCUCCGCCGCUCCUUGCUUCUCCUCCAGGUCCUGUUUGCUCUGGAGGUUGGGAGCGGAGGAGGGAGGUGAGGGAGUUCGUUCCCUUCUCCUCUUCCCGGAUGGAACUCGGAUCCCUUGGGCUGCCGCCAAGGCGCCGUGCCCCGCACCGCAGCCCCGAGGCCGUUGCCCUGGUCCGCGCCCGGCAGCCUGGGCUCCCAGGAAGCCCCUCGUGCGGGUCGUCCCCCCUUUAUGGGGGGCGGGGGGGUCCCGCAUGACGCCCCGCAGCGCGGGCUGAGCAGAUCGGGGCUGCGAUGCGACCCCCGGCUCUGCUUUCCCCCCUCUGCGCGGCCCGAGAUCGGCCCCCCCGGGAGCGAGGCGGGACGCUGCAGCUUUUCCGACCCUCCCCGUUUUCCCUCUGUCUCCGCUGUUCGGUUUGUUUUUUUUCUUUUAUUAUUCCGUUUGGUUGUUUUUUGUUUUGCUUUGAGGAAGCUCCUCCAUCGCAUUUAAAUAGCGAAUCGUGGUAACAGAACUCAGCUGCUGAUCUACCGAUGUAUUUAAUGUCCCGCCGCGAUGCUGCUGCUCCGCGUUGUACCCCGGCGCAGCAACGUACCUUAAGGAUGGAUAUAGAAGACUGUAAUGGACGAUCCUACAUAUCUGGCAGCGGGGAUUCCUCUCUGGAGAAGGAGUUCAGCUCGGCCAUCGCGGGAGCUGCGGUGAGCACGCCCAACAGCCAGCACUCCUCCCCCAGCCGCUCCCUCAGUGCCAGCUCCAUCAAGGUGGAGAUGUACAGCGAUGAGGAAGGCAGCCGGCUGCUGGCACAGGAGGAUCGCAUGCUGGAAAAGGACGACAGCGUCAUCGUGGAGGAUUCCCUCUCGGAGCCGCUGGGUUUCUGCGACGGGCCGGGCCAGGAGCCGCAUUCCCCCGGUGGCAUCCGGCUGCCGAACGGCAAAUUGAAGUGCGACGUGUGCGGCAUGGUGUGCAUCGGCCCCAACGUGCUGAUGGUGCACAAGCGCAGCCACACGGGGGAAAGGCCGUUCCACUGCAACCAGUGCGGGGCUUCCUUCACCCAGAAGGGAAACCUCCUUCGUCACAUCAAGCUGCACUCCGGGGAGAAACCCUUCAAGUGUCCCUUCUGCAAUUACGCCUGCCGUAGGAGGGAUGCGCUCACUGGGCACCUGAGGACGCACUCUGUCUCUUCUCCCACCGUUGGCAAACCCUACAAGUGCAACUACUGCGGCCGCAGCUACAAGCAGCAGAGCACGCUGGAGGAGCACAAGGAGCGCUGCCACAGCUACCUGCAGAGUCUGAGCACUGAGCCGCAGGCGCUGGUCGGCCAGCAAGGUGAUGAGAUGAGGGACCUGGAGAUCGUGCCGGACUCCCUGCUGCACCCCUCCGCCGACCGGCCGACGUUCAUCGACCGCCUGGCCAACAGCCUCACCAAGAGGAAGCGCUCCACACCUCAGAAAUUCGUGGGAGAGAAGCAGAUGCGGUUCGCGCUCUCCGACCUCCCCUUCGAGGUGAACGCCGGCUUCGAGAAGGACGUGGAGAUGGUGUCGGCCCACCACCCCCUGGACCCCUCCUACGGCAGCUCCCUGGCGCUGAUGGGGGGCGAACACCUCCGCCCGCUCCGCCUGCCCCCCACAAACUGCAUUUCGGAGGUGACCCCCGUCAUCAGCUCCGUCUACACCCAACUGCAGCCUCUGCCGGGCCGCCUGGAGCUGCCGGGGGGCCGCGACGCCGCCGAGGGCCACGAGGACACGGCGGACGGGGCGCAGGCGCUGUACCGCGGGCGGGAGGCGGGCGCGUCGCCCAGCAACGGCUGCCACGACUCCACGGACACGGAGAGCGUCCACGAGGAGCGGACGGCUCAGCCUCCGCCGGGAAACGGCAGCCGCCAGAGCCCGGCGUUCGCCAAAGAGGACCCGAAAGCGGCGGAGGGGGCGACGCGCAACGCGGCCGGCGGCGGGCGGGAGGCGCUGCGCGUGGUGACCGAGGACGGGGAGCCGGUGCGAGCCUUCCGCUGCGAGCACUGCCGCAUCCUGUUCCUGGACCACGUCAUGUUCACCAUCCACAUGGGCUGCCACGGCUUCAGAGACCCUUUCGAGUGCAACAUCUGCGGCCACCACAGCCAGGACCGGUACGAGUUCUCCUCGCACAUCGUGCGGGGCGAGCAUAAGGUCGGCUGAGCCCCGCCCCCCCCCCCCUUUACC